AUGUAUUGGAAGAAGUUGCUAUUUGCGAUUGCAAGUGCAGCUGCGCUGGCUGCUGUGGAUCCAGAGACUGAGGGCAGCGAGCUCCAAACUAUCUGUUCAGGAGGCGAAUGUUAUCCGAGGCUCUUCAAGGCUUUGCAAGACUGGAGUACAAUUAAGGAGGGGCAACAGAUCCCCCCUGGCCUGGACAUCAGGGUUGACUUAUCUACGGGCAAGAAACAAGCUCGGCUUCCAAUCCCCAAUGAGGCUAGCAACAUGGAGAACGGGAUUCAAGUAGUUGACGAUUCUUCGGAUUAUGAAUUCACCAAAGAAUUCCAGCUUGUGCGGGCUCAGGUGGCGAGCGGAGCGCCCGAUUACAACGUGGUCAUCAAACAGCUGGAUGAUUUGGUGGAGUACGCGUCCGACUAUACUUUAGGAUACAAGAUAAUUACUCAUGAGUUCACGUUGCUCCAGGAGUUGAUAUUCGGCCAAGAUGUCCCAAUAAGUGUCAAAGAACUAUCAUCUCGCAUUAUAGUAGCAUGCCUGCGGAAUAACACGCCCUGCUUGGACUUUGUGAACACGAGGUUCCCGGAUUUUGUGCGCCAUCUGUUGCAAGAGGCUGUUGACUAUGGCCGGCAAGCGACGGAUGCCGUUGAGGCGCGGACCCAAAUCAAACGGUACCUCUCGAUAGUAGAGCCUCUCCUAAUCAACGAGCCCCAGCCGAUAAACGAAGAGGCCCUGAAACAGCUGUAUGAAGUGAACGACCAAACAGUGCAAUUAAAGGUAUUAUUAAUAAUGGCACGGCUCUACAAAGGCAGGAGCCAUAACGAUGAUAUAUCGAAAAGGUCACUCGAGUCUACUGACGUUCAACGGUGGACCACAGAACUCUCAAAAGCUAUUCAGAGUAAGCACCUGGACGACUUCCACGUGCGGGAACUAUUUCAUGGCUUGUAUGCCUUGAAGAAGGAGCAUGGUAGGGCGGUCAAGACAUAUCCAACGUUCCUGGGAUGGCUCGCGGAGGAAACAGAGGCUCGGAAGCAACGCAUGACUCAAGAUAAGCAACCAAGAGAUCUGGAGCAGAUGGAGUUCGACCGACUGCUCAUUGAGAGUAGGCAUAUGGUGUUCGGGAACCCUAUGGCUCAUCGGAUAAAGAACAUGGAGUAUGACGAACUUUAA